AUGGGCCAAGGCUAUUCCAUGACUACCCUUUCUGCAGCGUCCGCCAGCAUCGAUGUCCCCGAGCUUGCGGACCUGGUGCACGAGAAGACCCUGGCCUCGGCGCGCUUUAUGAAAAGCGUCCGUGCGAGAAGUCAGCAGGGCUUCGUGUUUGUCAAGGCGGUCAUGAAGCCAUACUCGUCUUUCCAGGUCCACGAGUACAUCCGUCAACUGACAGAGGAGAGAAAUGUUCUGGCCAACAUCCCCAACGCCCUGGGUUAUCAGCGAAUCAUCGAGGUUCCGAGCGGUGGCUUCCUCGUCCGGCAGUACAUGUUCAGCUCGGUAUAUGACCGGAUGAGUACCCGCCCAUUUUUGGAGGAUAUCGAAAAGAAAUGGCUGGCCUUCCAGCUACUUUGCGCGGUUCGUGAUUGUCACGCGCACAACGUUUACCAUGGUGACAUCAAGACGGAAAACAUCCUCGUCACUUCGUGGAACUGGCUCUACCUCACCGACUUUUCCUCCUCAUUCAAGCCUGUCCGUCUGCCCGAAGACAACCCAGCCGACUUCUCUUUCUAUUUUGACACUUCGUCGCGACGGACCUGCUACAUCGCUCCAGAACGAUUCACUUCGGACAGCCUGGAAGAGUCGCAAGGGGAGCUGAAUUGGGCCAUGGAUAUCUUCAGCGUUGGGUGUGUGAUUGCUGAAAUCUUUCUGGAAGGACCCAUCUUCUCUCUAAGCCAGCUGUUCAAGUAUCGAUCAGGAGAUUAUAGCCCCGAGCAUACCCAUCUCAACAAGAUUGAAGAUCCUGAAGUGCGCGCAAUGGUUCUCAACAUGAUUGAAUUGGAUCCAGAAAAGCGCUACAAUGCAGAACAGCAUCUCUCCUUCUACCGGUCCAAGAUCUUUCCCGAAUACUUUUACAGCUUCCUUCAUCAAUAUAUGCUCGACCUCACCAAGUCUGCUACUGCUCUGAAACCCGUGGAACUGAACCCCGGGAGCCUGAGUGAAUUCGAUGAGAAGAUUGAACGCGUGUAUUACGAUUUCGACAAGAUCUCCUUUUUUCUCGGCUAUGGCCCGAGUUCCACAAAACUGUCGUCGCGGUCGCCGUUGACCAUGAAGUCUAACAACAAAGUCAAACCCCCGGAUGCAGACCCUAGUCUUUACGACGGUAGCCUGCUAUUCCUCACUCUGGUCGAGUCCAGUUUGAGGAACACGGCAAGGGCAUCGGCACGACUCAAGGCGUGUGAUCUGUUGGUUGCCUUUGCUGAACGACUUCCGGACGAGGCAAAGUUGGAUCGAGUCUUGCCGUACAUUGUUGGCUUAGUCGCAGAUCCAUCAGACGUGGUCAGGGCUGCCGCGAUUUACGCCAUGACCUCAAUCUUCGAAAUGAUUGAAGUUGUCUCUCCCAUCAAUGCAUAUGUCUUUCCCGAGUAUAUCCUACCGCGUCUGAAGCAUUUUGGAUUUGGUCCUUCAGGCGAGCCGAGCAUUCUGGUGCGCUCCGCAUACGCGUCAUGUCUUGCUUCGCUAGCAUUGUCGGCGCAAAGAGUCCUCGACAUGGUCCACGCCAUCCGAGCCGACGGACGACUGUCCGCAUUGCGGGAAGAUGAACUGGCUCCCCAGCAGUCGUUCGACGCCCUCUAUGACUAUGGUCGGCGCGAAAUCGUCCCGCAUUUUGAAGAGUCGACCGUUGCUUUGAUAACAGAUCCGGAAGCAUCUGUCAGAAGAGCUUUGCUGGGCUCAAUAUCCCGACUAUGUGUCUUUUUUGGCAGUCAACAAUCCAGUGACGUGAUACUAACACACCUCAACACGUACCUCAAUGACAAGGACUGGAUCUUGCGGUGUUCAUUCUUCGAGGCCCUCGUUGGAAUCGCCUCCUACAUUGGAGCUACGAGUCUCGAAAAGUUCAUCUUGCCGGUCAUGGUUGGCACUUUGACGGACCCCGAGAACUUUGUCGUGGAGAAAGUCUUCCGGUCUCUGGCCCGGAUGGCUGCACUAGGUCUCUUACAGAAGAGUACAACGUGGGAACUUGUCGGCAUCGCUGCGAGGUUCUCGGUUCAUCCCAGCAUUUGGGUGCGGGAGAGUGCUAUACAGUUUAUUGUCCUGUCCGCCAAGUACAUCUCAGCAGCUGAUCAGUACUGUAUCGUCCUUCCGAUCAUCCAGCCAUUCCUGAAAGGACCUAUAUCUGCUCUGACGGAAGAGCGAAUCUUGGACAACCUGAAGCGGCCGCUCCCAAAGAUCGUGUUUGAUUCGGCCGCCAACUGGGCCGCGAGGAAAGGAAACAGCUUGUUCUGGACGGCCGCCAGCCGAGACGGCGGAUUGACACUGUCUGAUCCCUCGACACCACAGAACCCGUCGGCACUCACAAAGCGGCUGUUGACUCGAAUACCUCCAUCCCAGAAAGACAAAGAUGAUCAAAUAUCUCUCGAGAGUCUGCGAAACCUCGGAAUGACGGCGGACGAUGAGAUCAAGCUGCUUGCGCUUCGCGAGUACAUAUUGAAAAUAUCCAGGCACAAGCCGUCAGAGGACGCGGACGAAAGAUAUCGCAUGUUGAACAACAUCAUCGCUCUGAAUCAGAUCGAUGUGGCUCCGCAGAAUGUCUUCUUUGACUCGCGUCAACCGAUCAGAGAGAACACGACCGGACCUAGAAGAGCACAGGUGAGGUCACGAGUGGACGAGAGACAUAGUCUGGCAGAUGCUCUUAUGGACGCAUCAACCAGCAUUGACGACCAUAUGUCGAGACGGAUUGCGUCCGCAGAGCAGUCCAGCGGGACGGCAACGCCGGUUACCAGGCCCAUGGACAUCCUCAAUCGCAAACCCUCGGAAAUGAGAACUAACGGCACCCCUACCAUUGCUCUGGAAAGAGCGAGUGUGUCCUCCAGGCCCAGCAUUUCGGCUUCAAUCAACGGAGACAAGAUGUCGCUGCGCCGCAACACUUCGCUCGAACUCAGACAUCGGAACAGCGGUUUGAAUCUGAUGAAUCGAACAGAUUCUGCAAAGGCGGACGCCGAAACAUCCACCAUCUCAGAGAACGCGUUCGGCCGGGUCGAAAUUGACGGCCAGUCUCAUCGACGAAGCACGGCGGGUCCCUCAGCGUUGUCAGUGACGGCAAAUGUCGCCGCCAAGUCUCGCUCUGUUUCACCUCGCGGCAGCGGGGCGAGGACGCCGCUCUACGAGCCCAACCAUUCGUAUCAAGGAAACGAUGCCAAUGUUUUGCGAUUACUGGACAAUCACUUUUUGGAAAACUUUCCCAUAGAUCAGAUGGACUUUGGCGGGAGUCGUCCUCCGGCAGACACCAGGACGCCUAUUCGGAGAGCUACCGACCUCUUGCAACAGAGCGGCGGGAAAGCGGCGCAGCAGGAAGAGAAGUUUCGCAGCGAGCCAUGGCGUCCUUCGGGCCAGCUGCUGACACAGUUUUCCGAGCAUACGGCUGCCAUCAAUCGUGUAUGUGCGGCACCUGAUCACGCCUUUUUCGUGACGGCGUCAGAUGAUGGAACCUGCAAGAUUUGGGACACGAUCAGGCUGGAAAAGAAUGUGACGGCCCGUUCGAGGUACACACAUCGACGCGCCGAGGGAGUGAGGGUCAAGAGUCUCUGCUUCAUCGAAGAGACGCACACCUUUCUCAGCGGCGCCGACGACGGCAGCAUCCAUGCUGUACGAGUUGACUACCGAAGUGUCGAAGGUGGUGAGACGUCUCGAUAUGGCAGACCGAGUCUCGUGCGGGACUAUCUGAUACCAUCCAACCGAGCUAUGGACAACGUCGGUGGCUCCGAGGGCAGUGCUGCGGGAUCCGUGGCAGAAUACGCUGUUUGGCUUCACCACUAUCGCACGCCAAACUCCCAAUCCAUCUUACUGGCAGCGACCAACAGGUGUCGUGUUCUCGUGAUUGACAUGAAGAACAUGGACAUCCUCCACAGCAUGGACAACCCGAUCCAUCACGGUACGCCAACCACAUUUUGUGUCGACAGGAAACACCAUUGGCUGCUCCUGGGGACGAGCCACGGAAUUUUGGACCUGUGGGACUUGCGUUUCAAGUUGCAUCUACGCAGUUUUGGCAUCCAGACCGACUCUCGAAUCGAUCGGCUGUUAAUUCAUCCCGCCAAAGGGCACGGGAGAUGGGUGAUGGUGAGCGCAGGGGGAGAGAUCAGUGCCUGGGACGUUGAAAAGAUGGUCUGCCGAGAAGUUCUCCGACCAAGCACAUUCAAUCCCAGAGGUGGGCAGACCCGCCCGUACGAAGCAUGGUCUCCCGAUGAGGAGAGUCGCGAAAGGAUUCUGGCGCGAUUUGCUCAAGAGGUCUCUGGCAACGACAGCCUGAUGGCACCGCAAUUUCAACGGCCUUCGACCCCGGCCGAGAUGUCGGACGGGUCACCUGGGAAGAGGUCUCUUUCCCCGUCCAGCGCAGGCUCAGCUUCCACCUUUCCGAUUCUUGCAAUGUACAUCUUCACCGACUAUACCCAGAGUUCGAACCCAGAUACUCCCAACAAGCACUCGAUCCUUCUGACCGGCGGUGUUGAUCGAGCUUUACGGUACUGGGACAUCGGUCGACCUGAGAACAGCUUUAUUAUCUCUGGGCCGCAAUUACAUGAUGGAAGUGAGGAGAGCCAUGCGUCUCCUGCGAGCUUUAAGUCCAAAUACAAAUACGAAGUCUCACAUCCACUAAGCUUGAGCGCCGGAGCGCAGAUCGCACUCGUGCAGGAAAAGGCCAGCAUCAGUGACGAAGCCGCUACGUCGGGGCAGACGCCGAGGAAGACGUCCGCCUAUACGCGUUCUUCGAGAGAUGCCACGACUCAGGUAGCUUCAACUCCAACGAAACGAUCCAAUACGCCGACACCCAAUACCACGACGACCAGUCAGCCGGGCACACCGAACGUGCACCGAAGCUCCGGGACCAACGCUGCGUCGACGCCUUCAACCCCUCAAGCAAUCAAACCUCCUCGGAAUACCAUUAUCAGUGCGGCACAACAGCAAUUGCUCAGGACGCACUUGGAUUCCAUUACGGAUGUGGUCAUGCUGAGGAAACCGUAUGGAUGCGUGGUCAGUGUGGACCGUGGGGGGAAUAUCUUUAUAUUCCACUGA